CCUAAACCCUCUAGUCCACCCUAUCUAUUCUCAGGAGUCGGAGUCUCUGUCCAGAGCGCCAUGAAGUUCGCAGUCAAGGCAUGGAGCAGUGGAAGCGCACGGGCAGGGGUACUCCAUCUGGGCAGCUGCCCAAACCCAAUAGAGACCCCUGCUCUUCUCCUCUCUACCCGUAAGGGCCUGCCCCUCUUCAUCCCCCCCGACCUUCUCCCUUCUCUCCCUUCCCCUGACUCCCAUCUCCUCCACGUCACCUCCCUUCACUUCUUGGAAGGCAUUUCGCCGCAGACAAUAUCGAAAAUAGGAGGAUUGCAUAAGAUGGUGGGAUUACCAAACCACGGGUUUGUCGCCAUUCCGAGAGACUCGGUUCAGUGUCUCCCGGAAUGUAAUUCCACUAAUAAGUUGGGAGCAUCUUUCGAGACUCCCUGUGGUCGUACUUUGGUUAAGCCUGUAGAGUAUGUUGAAUUGAUUUCUUCAUUGAAGCCUAAUACAUGGACUAGUUUGGCGGACGAAGUCCCUGCAUGGGUGUCUGAUAAGAGGAACAAGACCUCGGUUGAUCGGACUGUUAGAUGGCUUGACGAAUGCAUUCAGCUAAAUUGGGCAGGUGGAUCUGUUUUUGGAUCCAUUGUUGGAGGAUCCUCUGUUGAAGAACGUGAGCGAUGUGCGCAAGAGGUCGCCAGCCGAGGUGUAUCAGGUUAUUGGAUUGGAGGCUUUGGGCUUGGAGAGAGCAUGGAUGAGCGCCCUGCUCUCCUUAAUGCUGUUACUGAUAUCUUAGAAGAGGAGAAACCACGCUUGGUCAGUGGGCUUGGACUUCCAGAGGAGGUCUUGCAGGGUGUUGCUGCAGGAAUCGAUGUUUUUGACUCUACAUCAAUCUGUUGCAGGUAUAUAUACCAUCUUACCCUAGGAGGCUUUGCACUUGCCUUCCCAAUAGGUGGUGUUGAGACUGAUGUCUCUGCUUUUCAGUUAUCUAAUAUAGGAAGUGAUCGAAGCAAGAUUAAUUUAAGAGCAACAAUUUACAGGAAAGACACUUCACCAAUUGUUGAAAAUUGUAACUGUUACACAUGCCAGAAUCAUACAAAAGCGUACAUUAAUCACCUGCUCAAUGUUCAUGAAAUGCUGGCUCAGAUUCUACUUGAGAUACAUAAUACCCACCACUACCUAGGUUUCUUCCGUUCAGUAAGGGAGGCGAUUAAGUCUGGUAAUUUUGAGCAGUUCAGACAGAAAUUUUCUGGGAGUAAGCGUUAUCAUCUUGCUUCUGAAGCUGCUGUGGCCUGCAUUUAGAAACCAAGCAACAGGCGAAAAUUAAGAAGAAACUAACUUAAAGCUCUAUUACAAGCUUUGAAGAAUUGGGAAAGAUAACAUUGAUGACUUGAGGAGGAUAAGUGUGAUGAUCGAUAGAUAUUGGAGGAAUAUUGAAGUCGCACAUUCAUAUACGUGGGACGAAUAAAAGUAUGCAUCCUGCAUGAGCAACUUGUUCGGGCACUACCAGUAUUUCUUAUCUCACUAUUUAUGAUGGACAACCUCUCAUCGACUCAAAGAACCAAGAUUAGAUUUCUGACAUUUUAAAGCAAACAAAAUAUUUGUUAGCAAGUCCAUAGUAACUGGUGAGAAGA